AUGUUCUCCUGGGGAGGCGGCCUUGCAAUUCCGUCCCCUGCCAUUGACACAGACAAGGAGCGCACCCCUCCUUCCCCAGCCACGCCGCUCGAUUUCCCAGCGUAUGUGCCGGAAGAGCUUCAUUCCUACGAAGACGACCCAGAUUGCGACAAGCUCGUCCGUUUACUGUCGAUACUGAAGAGGCCGCAAGAUGUGUCCGCCGAAUACUUCAAUGCGUUCAACCUGACGGUUGAGACGAACGUGCCGCCCACAGAGCUUCUCGACGGCCUAGGCUCGUUACCUCCUUACCAAUGGCCAGAGCAGUCAGAGGUGGAUGGCGCCGGCAAAAGUCUUAUGAGCAACGGCAGCCCUUUCCCCGAUAAGGAGAAGUAUGAGAUGCUGCGACGGGAAUUGCUGUACGACAACGAUGAUGCCUUUCGAGCACUUUCUCGGAUAGAUCCGCUGCCUGGACAUGAAAAGAUACGGCUGACCCACGCACGGAAGUUCUGGUGUGGCUUAGAACAUGUUGCUCAAUAUUGGGAUUCGAGCUUAGAUCAGUAUACUGAGUACGACGAUGAUGAAUUACCUAUUCCUACGAGGAUGGCUACCGAUUGCGAGAUGAAUGAUGCUGAUGAGCGGCCUGCGCCACGGGCGGUGGAUGGCAUGGACAUCGAUAGCGAGGGCGGCGGCCACGAAGCGAGCCAGACGGCGAAGCGCAAGGGUGCAGGAUCGAGAGUGAUGUACAAAGGCCGGCGAAUCGGAGCGGGGAAGGACAUGCCGGACUCGAUACGCGAGGAGAUGAUGCGCGGGUUCGUGGAGAUGGUGGCGUGGCAGUUUGGGUGCCAGACGACGAUCCCGACGCUUCCUCCGCGGCUGUUUGUGAAGGGGCUGCUGUUUCCGGUGCGGCAGAGCGUGGUGGUGGGGCGGGUGCCGCGGGACCGCGAGGCGGCGCGCAUGCGGCGGCUGGAAGGGCCGGUGCUGUUGGUGCAGUGCCGCGGCGACACGCAGUUCCGGCGGGGGGACGGCGGCGGGCGGUACGGCGAGAUGUGCGACGUGCUGCGCGAGACGGCGGCGAUGCUGCUGCUGGCGCAGGAGCGCGGGCGCGAGGGCGCGGUGGAGGCCAAGCCCGGCGCCGGCAAGUGGUGGACGACGGAGCCGCGGUGGGGCGGGGCGGUGGACCACGGCAUGGCGGAGGAGCCGGAGCAGCAGGAGACGGUCAGCGGCGGCGACGAGCGCGACGACCGGCGGGCGGCGGGGUUGGGGCGACGGCGGCCACCGGGACUGCGGGCGGGGGGGUUGAAGAAGCGGCGGACGCGCAGCGAGCAGUGGAAGCUGGUGCAGCCGGGGCCGAGCCUGUGGGACCGGCGGAUGGACUACCGGCGGAUCGGGCGGGGACGCGACACGGGGUUCGACGACGUAGGUGUAUAG